UACAUCUUUGGUAUUAGGCUCAUCCAUCAUCGUGUUACUACUUUUGGCCUCAGAAAGUGACUUAAUACUUUUCACUUUUUACUGUCAUCUCAUAAAAGUCUUAUCAUCAAAAUGUAGUUUUUAUCAUGGACUCUAAAAAUUAAUGAGAAUGAACUGUGAGUGUGUAGAUUUAAAACAUCUAGCUGGAUUAUUUAUAAAGCAGCUGUGUCUUUAUUUUCCUCGUGGCCUUGUUGUUGUUGUUGUUGUUGUUGUUGUUGUUGUUGUUGUUGUUGUUGUUGUUGUUGUUGUAAAGGGGGUUUGGGGGAAACCAAAGCCUCGCGUGCCACUGUGGCUGCACCCAUCUCAAAGUUUACCCAACAAGCAGGUGGAGGGGCGCGCGGCAGGUCUGACGGGUCCUUUCUUGCAGCCUUCUCUCUUUGGCCCCGAGCUGCCCUCUCCGCUCGCCCCCCAUUAUUUGUCCCGGCGGCCGAGCGCGCGGCCCCCAUGAGCCCUUUUGGAACGGAACGAAAAGAAGGCGCGAGAUGCAGCUGUGACGUGGGCGUUGUUCCAUUCACCGCGCUCGCCAUGGCAACGGGGCAGAGGCCCUGGAAGCACGCGGCCCCUUCUCUCUGGACCGCGUCCUGAGGGCAGAGAGGCAGCUGGAAGUUCCUCCUCACGAGCUCUGCUCGCUGCUUCACGGCGCAAAAGGAGCCCACAAAACUCUGCUUUACAUGCGGGAAAGCUGGGUUCAAAUUAAGCCCGAUCUCUCCCUCCACUUUGUACUCUAGCAUGCUGCAGGACUGCUAGUAUUGUUGGGCAGAGUGAUUGGGGUUUCUGUACAAUCUCCCGUGACCAAUGAGCGGGGUGCUGUCAGGGGUAACCACAUCUGUCAACCGUUCUUGGCCAAUAAAGAGCGGAGCGAGGCGGACCACAGGUGCGCGCCUCUGCGUCCCCUUGGCACAGCGCCCGGGAGAUGCUGGAGAGAGACGCCUAGCUGCCCCGUGGCGCAAAAGAGUUACUGUCAAAGGCAGCCUCCUUUUAACUCCAGCUAUCACUCUGGCUCCGAUAGUUAUGGCGACCGCAACGUCCAACCACUACAGCGUCCUCACCACCCCCAGCAGCGCGCCGCCGCCGCACUCGGAGUCCGGGAGCAUGCAGCAGGCGGCAGCGUACAGGGACGCGCACACCCUGCUCCAGAACGACUACAGCUCGUUACCGGGCGGUGGACAUCCGCUCAGCCACGCGCACCAGUGGAUAACGGCGCUGUCUCACGGUGACGGCGGGGCGCCCUGGCCGUCCAGUCCCCUCGGAGAGCAGGACGUGAAGCCCGUGCUGCACGACAGUGACCGAGAGGAGCUGCAGAACUCCAGCAGUCUGCAGCAGCAGCAGCAGCAGCAGCAGCAGCAACAGCGACACCCUCACCUAGCGCACCAGCAGGCGCAUCACGACGCCAGAGCAUGGCGAACCACCACAGCCAGCACGCACAUCCCCGGUAUGGCGACAUCUGAGGGCCAGAGUCUGGUGUAUUCCCAGUCCGGCUUCGGUCUGAUGCCGGGUGGAGAGCAAGGGGGGAUGCACCACCACCCCCUGCGGGACGAGGACCACCACAGCCACAGCCCGCACCUCAGUGAGCACGGAGGAGGCCCCGGGGCCCACCAGCAGUCUCUCUCACACCAUCACCAGCACGGGGGCCACCAGGACCAGUCAGACGAGGACACACCGACCUCCGACGAGUUGGAGCAGUUCGCCAAGCAGUUCAAGCAGCGACGCAUCAAGCUGGGCUUCACCCAGGCGGACGUGGGACUGGCGCUCGGGACGCUGUACGGGAACGUCUUUUCUCAGACCACCAUUUGCAGGUUCGAGGCGCUUCAACUCAGCUUCAAAAACAUGUGUAAACUCAAGCCCUUGUUGAACAAGUGGCUGGAGGAGGCGGACUCCACCUCGGGGAGCCCCACGAGCCUGGAUAAAAUCGCGGCACAGGGACGGAAAAGGAAAAAGAGGACCUCCAUCGAGGUGGGCGUGAAAGGGGCUCUGGAGAGCCAUUUUCUCAAAUGUCCAAAACCAGGAGCAGCGGAGAUCAACUCCCUAGCGGACAGCCUGCAGCUGGAGAAGGAGGUGGUGAGGGUUUGGUUUUGUAACAGGCGGCAGAAGGAGAAGAGGAUGACGCCCGCUGGGGGACAGAUACCAGGAGGAGAGGACAUGUACGGGGACACCCCUCCUCACCACGGAGGACAAACUCCUGUGCAGUGACCCCCUCAGUGAGCGACUCAGAGCAGAAACACGGACCCCUUCAAAAAAAAAAAAAAAAGGAGGAAUAAUGCCCUCCUUAUUUGUUUGAUUCUCGGAACCGCCCGGGACCCGAGCCAGUUGAAAUGUUGGACCUCACGGGACACACACACACACACACACGGUGGGGAUGUACACAACGGCGCGCAAAGCACUAAAAAUACGCAGAGUGGAGAGCUGUGUGGAGAGAGAGCGUGCUGGGAUCCGGCGAACCAAAAUGAACACACACACACACAAAAAGAAAAAAAAAACAGGAAAGAAAAAGAGGAGAAAAAAACAGCGACACUGACACGAAAAAUGCUUUUUCUACACGUUCUCCUCCCGACGUGUCAUCGUGCCAUUAAAGACGGCCAGAGACGGACAGAGGUGGACACGAGGUGUCCGCAGGGGGGGAAACAGCAGCAGGCUGAGGGGCUGCAGGAGGAUGAGGAUGAUGAGUGAGUCGCAGCCAGUGUGGGUAAAUAAACGCCAUCUUUCCAUCAUAACAAAAGCAACAGGGGUUCCUCGCAGCUUGUGGCAAGAAGAGGGCUGAAAUGGCAGACACCUGCUGUACAAUGAGCAAAAUCAAUACCAGCCAACCGCUCCUACUCCUAUUAUUAUUAUUAUUAUUAUUAUUAUUAUUAUUAUUAUUAUUAUUAUUAAUGUCUUAAAUCUAACGUGGUGAACUGAUUUAUUGUUAAUUUAAAUUUCCCUUCCUUGGUUUAUAAUUAAAUGUAUAACUACAGCUGUAAUAAUAAUAAUAAUAAUAAUAAUAAUAAUAAUAAUAAUAAUAAUAAUAAUAAUGUGAGUAUUGGCUCACUUUAUCGCUUUUUCUUUCUGUGCAGACAUUUUCCUCUGUGCGCCUGUUUACAGUGUGUUUUCUCGCUGUUUGUUAUUUCUGUACUUCUUCUUCUUCUUCUUCUUCUUCUUCUUUUUUCUUUUUUUUUUUCCCAAAAACGCUGUGAUAAUUUUAAAGACCGAGACUGUCCCGGCUGGAACAUUUGUCUUUUUUUUAAGGAAAAAAAGAAAGAAAAGAAAAGAAAAGCGAUCCAGCUCACGUUUGAGUUGCCUUCCUUUCCUAAAAAGAAGAAGAAAAGAAAAAAAUAAUAAUACAGCAGCAGCAACAAACUGAAUCUCUCCUGGUACCAGCUGUGGCCGCAGAGGCUCCACGACUUUACUGACUCGUUCACCGACGAGAAGACUUAUCUGUGGGAUGUAUCUCGAUUCGUUUGUUUGUUUGUUUGUUUGUUUGUUUGUAUCUUUGUUUGUUGGUUCAGUUUUUUCUCUCCGUCAGUCUGUGCCAAAGCACAAACACAGACACGUGUUUUCUUGUGCCACUUAAAUCCUGUGAUUGAUAACCUGACCUGAUGGAGAUGGAGGGAGGUUACUGAGGAGGGUGGAGGGGAGGAAGGAGGGAAGAUCCACCUCUGUUAGCUGAGAGAUUUCAUAUUCUCUGGAGAGAAAAUAACAGAAGUUCAGAAGGAAAAAAAAAACUCAAAUCCAGCUGAAGGACGCAGAAAUAUAAUAUUUAAAUUGAAGACACGUGAUGUUGAUUUAUGAGGUGAACACUUCCUGAAUGUAUCGACUGUGGGCCCACCUGUCAGAGUCACAACGAAGCCUACACUUCCUUUAAAAACAAUAAUUUCACAUAAAUCAUUUAGAAAA